AUGGUUGUAUAUAAGCAAAUAGACUGCUUUAAUAUUAACAUGAAAUUUUGGAAAUUCCUUGGUAUCUAUCCUUAUAACGAAAUAUCUCCUCAUUACAAUUUCUAUUCCAAAAUGUUCAUCUUUAUUUUUGUCAUCAUAUACGAUGUACUUUUAACACUCAAUUUUUUUUUCUUACCAAAUAAUUUGGAUGCUUUUAUCGGAGAAAUGUUAUUUUAUUUUACUGUGUUAUCGGUUAAUUCAAAAGUUUUGACAUUUUUGUUUAUGCGAAAAAAAAUUGUGAAACUUUUAGACAUUUUGGAAAGCAAAAUUUUACUACCGGUAACUAACAACGGAUUGACAAUAUUAAGAAACGCUAAAAAUCUUAAUAUAAGAUACUGGAAAAUCUUAGCAGCUAUUUCGCUAACUUGUAAUUUAAUACAUCUUCUCUCUUCGCUUAUAAAACAUUUGCUCUUAUCAGUUCAAUUAGAAUUGCCAGUAAGCAGUUAUUCUUUUUUAUCGGAUGAAAUUAGAGAAAGACUUAUUUAUCUAUUCUAUUUCUAUCAAGGCGUUGGUAUACAUUUUCAUAUGCUUUAUAACCUCAAUAUUGAUUCAUUUUUACCGGGAAUAAUGAUACUGCUGAUAGCUCAGUUAGAAAUUCUUAAAGAUAUACUGACAAAUGUUUGUAAUAGCUUGAACUUCGACCACAAAUAUGACGAAGCAGGCGAUUUAAAAAACGAUGCGGAAAAUAAAUUUAUUAUGAAACUCAAUCAAACUAUUGCGCAUUAUGAUGAAGUUUCCAGAUUUUGUUAUCUCAUUCAACAAAUUUUCAGCGUGACUUUGUUUGUUCAAUUUAGUGUGGCAUCAUGUAUAAUUUGCGUGUGUUUGUUCAGAUUUACUCUGCCCGCUACUAAUGAAUAUUAUGUUUUUCUUGCUACAUACAUGUUCAUUAUGGUUAUUCAAAUCUUGGUGCCAUGCUGGAUUGGAACUCAAAUUAUGGAUAAGAGCUGUCUUCUGUCCCAAGCUAUAUACAACUGUGACUGGAUACCUAGGCCACGUGAGUUCAAAAGUAGUUUACGUCUGUUUGUGGUGAGAGCCAACCGGCCACUAUCAAUAACGGCAUUAAAAAUGUUUCCGCUGUCACUCGCCACUUUUACAUCGAUAAUGAAUACUGCUUAUUCAUUUUUUACGCUACUAAGACACAUGCAAGCAAAAGAAAAUUAG